UUCAGAAGGUUGGCUUUGAGAGUGCGGAGAGUAAAAAGAGUAGAACGAUAUAGUACGAUCUCGGUAUGUAGAAUUACUAUUACCAUGUAACUCACUAUUACUCGUAGUUUGUGUGAUUUCUUGAACCUGUCACUUGCUGGCACUUGUUUUUGUUCCACUCACCGUUUGUACUGUUACGGUCUUGUUGACAAUGCGUAUUACCGUCAUGUAGGAAUAUCAAAUCCGAUUAUUGAUAAUUACGUAGCCUUUCCUGUUGAUGUCCUGAACAAUUGGUGUUGUAUGCUUACUUUUAUUCUUUAAUUGUCUAAAUUACUAUGAAAGGGUUGAGUAGAAGUCAUGGCAAUUAUUUUUUUCCUGAAAGGUGUGUUAUCGAAUCACAUAAUUUUAAUUGGCGGUUGUAAGAAAUGCCUUUCUAAUGUAUGUUCAUAACAGAAGGCUAUGUGUCUCUAUUAGCACCGAGAGCAAUGUACAAUCAGUUGUGAGACUACUCUUGUGCGAGCUACUCGUUUCGAUUAGCGCUCAUACUUCAAGAUAGCCGUUUUCCACGGGAGAAAUGCCUGAGAAUGUCACAGGGAAUUGAUGGAAGCUGUUGGGAAUAAUGCUUGCUCUUCCAUACCGGACAGUCGCGAGAUGCACCGGAGAGUUUCUGCGAGAUCGCUUAGCAACCAACGAUCAGCAAUGCACGUGUGAGUGUGCGGACCGAUGUGGCACAGGCUGCAUUCGUGUAUUCCUGAUUCGGUAGAUGGCAGCUGUGUCUACUUCUGUGACGUAACGCUGCACCUUCAUCUCUCUUCGUCCUCUGCCUGGUUUGCAGAUAUGGCGUACUGUGUGCGGGUGUUGCAGAGCAAGAGCUAUUCGUUGUUGGCUGUCGAAGUCCAGCAACGAUGCUUCCAUGUGUCCCCAUUGGUUGCUGCAGCCAGCAAGGUUGCAAUGAGCAAAUUUGAUUCUACGUCAUAUUUACCGUACGAAAAACUCCAACAGAAUGUUAAUAUAGUUAAGAAAAGGUUAAAUCGACCAUUAACUCUAUCAGAAAAGGUUCUCUAUUCUCAUAUUGAUGAACCUACCAGUCAAGAAAUUGAACGUGGGACAAGUUACCUGAGAUUACGACCUGAUCGAGUAGCUAUGCAGGAUGCUACUGCACAAAUGGCAAUGUUGCAGUUUAUUUCAUCUGGUUUACCUCGUGUUGCAGUGCCAUCCACCAUCCAUUGUGAUCAUUUAAUUGAGGCUCAGGUGGGAGGUGAGAAAGACUUGGCACGAGCAAAGGACCUGAACAAAGAAGUAUACAAUUUUCUAAAAUCUGCAGGAGCAAAAUAUGGAGUAGGAUUUUGGAAACCAGGUUCAGGAAUCAUUCAUCAAAUAAUUUUGGAAAACUAUGCAUUUCCAGGCUUGUUGAUGAUAGGAACAGAUUCCCACACACCAAAUGGUGGUGGUCUUGGUUGCCUGUGCAUUGGUGUAGGUGGUGCUGAUGCUGUUGAUGUAAUGGCUAAUAUUCCAUGGGAACUGAAGUGUCCCAAAGUUAUUGGUGUUAAAUUGACUGGAGAGUUGAAGGGAUGGACAUCUCCCAAGGAUGUAAUUCUCAAGGUUGCUGGAAUUUUAACUGUGAAAGGAGGAACUGGUGCUAUUAUCGAGUAUUUUGGCCCUGGAGUUGAUUCCAUUUCCUGCACAGGAAUGGCAACUAUCUGCAACAUGGGUGCUGAAAUUGGUGCAACUACUUCUAUUUUCCCUUACAAUCGACGAAUGCAAGACUAUCUGAAAGCUACUGGUAGAAAAGACAUUGCAAGUGAAGCUGAUAAGUUUUCAAAGACUCUUCUUACAGCUGAUGCUGGUGCUCCUUAUGAUCAGGUCAUCGAACUUGACCUGAGCACUUUGGAGCCCCACAUCAAUGGCCCAUUCACUCCAGAUUUAGCCCAUCCCAUUUCGAAAGUGGGCAAAACUGCCAAGGAGAAGGGGUGGCCAGUGGAUAUCAGAGUUGGACUUAUUGGCAGUUGCACAAACUCCAGUUAUGAAGAUAUGGGGAGGUGUGCCAGUAUUGUGAAGCAGGCUAUGGACCAUGGUUUAAAGGCCAAAAUUCCCUUUAAUGUUACACCAGGUUCAGAACAAAUUCGUGCUACAAUUGAGCGAGACGGAAUAGCUAAGACUCUGCGUGACUUUGGUGGCACUGUGCUUGCAAAUGCUUGUGGACCUUGCAUUGGUCAGUGGGACCGUAAGGAUGUGAAAAAAGGAGAAAAGAACACCAUUGUCUCUAGCUAUAAUCGAAACUUCACUGGAAGAAAUGAUGCAAAUCCUGCUACUCAUGCCUUUGUUACAUCUCCUGAGCUUGUAACUGCGCUUUCAAUUGCUGGAACAUUGGACUUCGAUCCUACUAAAGAUAAACUUAAAGGAACAGAUGGUAAAGAGUUUUCACUGGAUAGCCCCUAUGGAGAUGAGCUGCCUCAGAGAGGAUUUGAUCCUGGUGAAGACACUUACGAGCAUCCACCAGCUGAUGGUGGCAAAGUGAAAGUCGAUGUUGACCCCAAGAGUCAGAGAUUGCAAUUGCUUGAACCUUUUGACGUUUGGGAUGGAAAGGACCUUCAGGAUUUGACUGUCCUCAUCAAGGUGAAAGGAAAAUGUACUACAGAUCACAUUUCUGCAGCUGGUCCUUGGCUGAAAUACAGAGGUCACCUGGACAAUAUUUCAAACAACAUGUUCAUUGGUGCCACAAAUUCUGAAAAUAAUGAAAUGAACAAGAUUAAAAAUCAGCUGUCUGGUGACUGGGGAACUGUACCAGAUGUUGCUAGAGCUUACAAAGCAAAGGGUGUGAAGUGGGUUGCUGUUGGUGAUGAAAAUUAUGGUGAGGGCAGCAGCAGGGAGCAUGCUGCCUUGGAACCCCGCCACCUAGGUGGUCGAGCAAUUAUUGUCAAGUCCUUUGCCAGAAUCCAUGAGACCAACUUAAAGAAGCAAGGGCUCUUGCCUCUUACAUUUGCCAACCCAGCUGACUAUGAUAAGAUUCAGCCCACUGAUAAGAUUUCUUUGUUGGGUUUGAAGGACUUGGCACCAGGGAAGCCAGUCAAAGCUGAAAUCAAGCAUUCUGAUGGGAAAGUAGAUGCUAUUACCUUGAACCACACAAUGAAUGAACAACAAAUUGAAUGGUUCAGAGCAGGAAGUGCCCUUAAUCGAAUGAAACAAAUAGCUACUGCCAAAUGAGAUGUGCAGCACAAUUAUUAGAAAUAGUGAUGAAUGACACUAGGAACAUUUGCUGUCACUGAGUGUCUUCAAAAUAUUACAACAUUGAGAGAUUUGUACAUUAGAACCACAGCAAUAUACAUGUAAAUAAAGUUCUCACUCUAGUAGAAUUUUUGCUACAAUAUCCAGAUGCAAGCUUCAGAAGACUGAUGUUCAUUUAAUUUAAAAAUUGGUGUGUAGCUAUUUUACUACAUUUUCAUCAUUCCGUUGCUGUCAACAUCACCAAUCAGUGUUGUCCACAAUUGUCAUCAUGCCCCUACUAUUUGGUCUUGUUAACAGCAAGCAGAAAACUAGUCUUUGCAUCUUCUCUCCAUUAUCAGGGAAGUGAACCUUCAUGGAAACCAGAAAUGGUAAAUGGGUGAAUUAUUGUAAAUACUCUGUGUUGUUAUUUUAAGUGUCAUAAAAUAUUGGUUAGAUAAUAAAAAUCUUAUUGACUCUUAAUCAUAGCUAACCAUUACUUUCUGUAGUACUGAAAUGGAAACUUACUCCACCACUGCUAGUGAGUAAUGUUUCUCAUAUUUUCAACCAUGUGACUGCUAAUUGCAGUAUGCUACUGGCAUAUUCACUGGACUGAUUCAUCCGCGGGGGGUGCAGUCUGCUGAGCUUAGCACUUAGUGCGAGCAUAGUCUUGGAUGGAUGUCCAGACCCAAGAAAAGACCUUCCUUCUCUUUGCAUGGAAGGACCAUAUAACAACUCUUGAUGUUGUCACAGAAGCAUAAUAAAAGAUAUUUAUGAAAUGAAAUAAAGCAAACGGUAGCGGGUGUGUGUGUGUGUGUACAUCCAUAACACUAAGGGCAAGUUGGGAUACACAAACAUGUUCAUAGCAUACAGGAAUGGAUUCCACUGGCUGUACAGGCAUACUUCUAGGAGUCGAAGUAUUAAGGGGGGGGGGGGGGAGGUUAAUAUUUUUAAGUUAAAAAAACCUAAAUAUGAAUUAUUUCAACAAAAAUUAUCUUGUUACACAGUACAACCUUGUAUAUCGUUAAAAGGUCCUUCCAUGGAAACAGAAGAAGCACUUGAUCCAGGUUAUGUAAUGGUAAUCCUGAUGAGUAUGGAGUGAACAGUACUAACAGAAUAGGCCUGGCAAUAUUAGUAGGUAACCAUGUAAGAUGUGAAAUUUUGAAAGGCACUAGGUGUCUGUGGUACAAUAAAUACACGGUUUGAACAACUGAAUGCCAAAGUAAGAAAAUGUUAGUUUUUGUGUAAACUAUUCAUAUAAUGCCAUGUUAAUUGUGUUCAUUGGGCUAUCUCACUAUAAUGAAGCCUGUAGAUGUUGCUUCUGUGUGGCAUAUUCAAUAGUACACAAGUUUGUCCAUUGGCAUUACUGCUUCCACAAAAUAACUACCAGAAUAUAAGAUGAGCUUUUCUCCUAAAUAACUAAUUCAAAUAAAAUAAAAGGAUUCAUUAAUAUUCACAGAUUAAGCUUAGUUUAUUAGGUUUUGUUAUUACAUUUCCAAAUCGUGAAACUCGUAAAAGUCAACUUAACAAGUUGCAAAGAUUUCAUGAUGCUGUAAUGCCUAAUUAUAUUUGUGGACUUAUUCUCAAUGUUCACCAUAUUUGUCAGGCAAUUUGGACCAAUAAUCUCGAAUAGAACAGUAAAGAGAAUCCCAAACGAAUGGCUUUGUAUUAAUAUUUAGGGAAACUCGAUAAUUUUCGCUGGGAUUUUGUUUCACAAUUACCUCACUGAUUGA